AUGGAGGUCCGCACUGGACAAAAAUACAACUACUCGGAUGAUCUCCUUGAUAAUCAACGUUCAAACACCCAGGAAGGCACAGUUAUGAUGGGCAUGAAAGAAGAACAAAUUCAAAUACACAAAAAGGGCCUAGCAGAGCCCCAAAAGGACAGGAUACACUGGACAGCAAUCAAAGAAGACAACGAUGGUACUCGAGACGAUGGAAUAACGGAAAAUCAAAUUACGGGUGUAAAACACGGAUUAAAAGGGAGUGGUGGGUGGGUCCAGACAAAAAUUUUAAGGGCGAGUGAGGAUGCUCAGUAUAUGCCCAACUCGAUUCGGACGAAGAUAGAAACACGAAUGAAGCUUCCGCUCAGCUGGAAGUGUGGUGCCGGGAUACUCCGACAAGCUGCGUUACACGGCACCUGUGGGAUAGAUAAGCUAGCUAUGGUCUCAAUGCCUGUGGUGGAUCACGAAGCUCGGGUUGUGAAAGUGUUCCAGUUGCCUGUAAUGGACUCUCAGCCACAAUUUUGGGCUCAACAAGAAGUACAGACCGAACCACCUUCCCCACCAACAGAACAGGGCGUACAUGAAGUUAAUGCGCAAGCUGAAAACCUUCUGCAAUUAAUUCAAGCAAACUUCAUGUGCCCAAUUGUGGCCCCAGCGACUUACUGCCCGGAAGGGCAUGCUGCCUGUAUAUAUUGCUUAAUGCAAUCGGCCUUGCACCAAGGCUUUGAGAGAUGCCCAGAUGCUGUGGUGUCCUUGAUGGAUGGAAUUGCCCGAGAGUUCGUAGAUAUCUCCACUGAAGAUGGGGAUUCACAGGAAGAUGAAUUGCGGUCCUAUGCACUUGGACCUAUACGGGAUAAUUGGCAAGUUCGAUCCAGGCUUCCUGGACUUGGGUCGUAUUGUUUCAUGGGCCCGUACCCAGCUGCCAGCCUCAUCGACUACACCUGCAGUCAGAACCUCGUACCAGCCUGCAUCCACAGUUGGUACCUCAGCCGAGCUUCCCAUCUUACUGGAUUAGAUGCUUCCCAUCUGGAGACAACCUCUUACAGAUAUGUCACUACUCAGCCCUUCACAGUUCAUCAGAGACUGCCAGCCCCGGUCAAGCUUUUGAUAUCCAGCAAUGUGCAACUACUUAAAUAA